UUAAGUAAUACAUCAUCUGAAAAUGAAGAAGAAGUUUAUAUUACAAAAAAUACAUCUGUUAAAACUAUAUUACAUUCUUUAACUCCUAUUGAGUAUCUACCAACAAGUAUAAAUAGUAUAGCUAUUAUUUUUCAUAUUCAAUAUUCCAUGGGCAAGCCUUGUGGUCAACACAAUACAUCCUGUUCUUAUCUAGGAAAUGUUGCAGUAACCAAAAAGGAUAGAACUUGUCAAGGACUAAAAAUAUGUGAAUUUGCUAGUUCAGAAUUAUUAGAAAUGACACAUAAAACAGUAGAAUUUAAUUCAGAUUUACGUUUAAAAAUAAGUGAAGAAUUAUCUACAGAUAAU